AUGGGUCGGUGGCUGCACAUGAAUCGCAUCAGGGGAAACUCUGUUUGGCUCCCAGCGAAUCACUCCCAAGGUUCCUGGAUGUGGCGACAGAUCUUGCAGAGCAGAACACUUGCUGAGAGUUUUCUUAAAGUGGUUGUGAAGAAUGGCAGAUCAACUUGUUUUUGGCUCGAGAAUUGGUCUUCGAUGGGGAUUCUUCUACAAGCUGCAGGUGCUCGGGGUUGUUUAGAAAUGGGUAUCCAAGUGGAGGCAUCAGUGGAGGAGGUUCUCUUGACUCAUAGACGAAGGAGGCAUAGACGACCGAUACUAAACCAGAUAGAGGAUGAGAUAGUGAGUGCUCGCUCUCUGUAUACUGUAGAAGAUGAAGAUGUUUACUGGUGGAAAGUUAAAGCUGAUAAUUACAAGGCUCAGUUCAGCACUAGGGCCACGUAUGAUCAACUGCGACAACAUCAGGAUAGAGUGCCGUGGGCGGCUGAAAUUUGGUUCAAGCAUCAUAGCCCUAAGUUCAGUUUUAUUGUGUGGCUUGCCGUACAAAACAGACUGUCGACGGGAGAUCGUAUGGUUGUUUGGAACGCAAAUGUCUCUGCCACCUGCUCGUUUUGUCACGUGAAUAUCGAAACCAGAAAUCACCUGUUCUUCACUUGUUCAUACUCGAAGAAAGUUUGGGAAAGUCUCGCUCGGGGUAUUCUCUGCAACGAGCUGACUACUGAUUGGGAUUCACUUGUUCAGAUCAUCUCGAGAGUGACAGAACAGGGUAAAGAGUUUUAUUAUCCGGUAUCUGUUCCAGUUGACUGUUUACACUAUAUGGAGAGAAAGGAAUGCCCGUCGCCAUGGCACUCCUCCGUCUAUAGCUGCAAGAUUGAUUAA